AACGCGUCACCGCGCAAGCGUACGAACAGGCAAGAUGGCUGCGCGCAGGUGUUAGAAUUUUGUGUUAUGGCUAAACUUUAGUAUUAACAUUUUUUAAACACAACUGAUAACAUUAGGCAAACAGGAGGCUUAGCGGUUACUGUUUCUGUUAUUGUACUCUUGCAAUGGAUAAGCCAGCUGCCCAUAGCGCUGGCCAACUCAGCGCAGACAGAAGUAGUUUGGUGAAUGAGAGUCAGAAAAACACGAAGACGGUCCUUUGCCAGCGAUGUGGUUCCAAAGUGCUGUUACCUGGCAUAGGUGUGCUCACUCAGAAGGAGCUUUUCCUUCCAUCCAUGAGAAAGAAGGAUGCAGUGCUAGACGGGGAUGCAGUGGAUACAUCAGUAAAUGAUGGGGUUGUUGGAGACACACUACAGGAUCACUGGCUGGUUGAAAAUAUGUAUGCUUUUGAAAAUGUUGGCUUCACUAAAAACAUUGGCAAUAUAAAGUAUCUGGUCUGUGCUGAUUGUGAAAUUGGACCAAUCGGAUGGCACUGCACCGAUGACACAAAAAGCUUUUAUGUGGCCUUGGAUCGCGUUGAUCACGUGUAGAAUAAAAGGCUAAUUGUUAGAAUCUUGAGACCUAACAUGGGGCCGUUUCUGAAUUGUUACUUGUUGCUCCUAUUUGGUGGUAGCAUUUGCUACAGUGCCUAAACACAUUUUGUUGUAUGAAAGUUUGAUGUUGAGAAAUGCACUGCCUGGGUGUCUUGUGGUAUUUUGUAAUAAAACAUUUACUCUAUGUUCUUUGUUCAGGCAGUUUACUGAAUUUAAUAGAGGUAGGUUUUCGGCCUUAUUAAUGAUGCUUCUGUAAAAUGGAGGACCACCACCUGUACAGCAUGCAGUGUUUAAACAUUCACAUUUUCUGUUCACUGUGAUUGAAGUACCGUGAGUGCUAAAACUGAAUAGGAAGGUGUGCCCUUUUGUUUUAUUUUUAUAUGUGCUGCUAGCUAGUGUUUCCAGAAAGUAGAGUCUAAAUUUAUGUAAUGGCAUAUUGUUGUUUAUGUGCUUAAUAUUAAAAAGUUAUGCAACUGCU